AUGGCACUUGAAAGCCUCGAUCCAUCCGAGCUCAUCCCGAUGGACAAAACAUACAAGGACCGACUAGCUCUCCGCAAGUCCGUAAUCGACCAGCACCACGACAUCGUGGUGGGAAUCAACAACGACCAAACCCCAGAGGAGGAUCCUCGCAUCCGUCCCGCCAUUAGCGAACUAUACAAUUAUGUUCUGGGAACAUACCUACCAACCCGUUAUCCGAGCAUGUUCCGUCUAACCGCUGGAAGCUCGCUCUUCCACAACCUGGUAACAGGCGCAACGUGGCCGACAACGCUGUCGCCAACGAUGCCAACAAUCCAAGCCCUGGAAAUCCUGACCCAGACGGUAGACGAGGAUUUCCUGAUCCUGCUCCCUGAGCUAUUCCCCGAAAAUGAGGAACAGCCGAAAUCCGUACUACAAGCAUAUGCGAUCUGUUUCCCGGCUGGCUUCAACAUGAGCGAGAAACUCGGGCAGCGUUUAGCCGAUAUUCAUGUGCCGGUCCCGGGGUAUCAGGAGAAGAUUGGACGCAGCAUGGAUCGGUUCUUUGCGCGCAUUGAGGUUGGGAGGUUUGUGAAACGGGCUAAUUGGAGUAUUACUAUUGACACGGGUCUGUUUGCUGCUUUUGGUGGGACACAUGCUGAGCCGGGGAAAAAAGAGGAGGCUAUUGAGCCCGGGAAAUUGAAUGUUGAUCAGACUUGUCUCCGAUGUGAGCGUCAGACGUUGCAUCGGCUGCCGGUGUCCAAGGCUCUCGUCUUUACCGUCCACACUUAUCUUUAUCCAAUUAAGCAGAUUAAGGAUGAGGGUUCUGGUGAGGACCUUGCGAACGCGGUCGAUGGCUUGAAGAGGGGGAAUGUGCCAGGAAUGCAUAUUUAUAAGAAGGGAGAUGUGUGGGGAGAAGCAUUGAAGGACUUCCUAAGGACUUAG